AUGCUGUCAAGGAGUAUACUAAUAGUGAUUUGUUUAACUCUAUACCGAUUUGUAAGUGCUGACUCGCUAUACGACGCGAACGAUCCAAUUCUUGAACUCGACGUUGACACUUUCAAUGCAGCUGUUUAUAACUCUGACAAAGCACAUUUCGUUGAGUUCUAUUCAAGUUGGUGCGGCGCUUGUAUAGCCUACGCUCCAACAUUUAAAGAAUUUGCCAGACAUAUAGCUUUAUGGAAACCUUUCGUUCAAGUAACAGUUGUAAACUGUGCUGAUGACAAGAACCUGCCACUAUGUCGUGAACAUUCUGUGAACGCCUUCCCAACUAUUAAGUUCUUCAAAAAGGGUGCUACAAGUAAAGAUGACGCUUCGUUAUAUCAAGGAAAUAAGUAUGAACUUCCACAAAUGGAACUUGAUGUUGCAGCCUACGUUGAGGCUGACACCGAUAGGCAGAAGUCUCCAUUAUCAAAUAUAUUUUUACCUAUUGAGAGUUCUAAGUCACUGAAUGAUAUCUGGUCAUCCGCUGGUUCGGUUAAUUUACUUGGUGUUGCUGUUCAGGAGAAUCCAGCGUUGAAGGCUUGGGCGUUGAUCAUCAACUUCCACAACGACCGAAAUGUCAAGCUGGUCUUGGCUCGACCUCAGCAUCCCGAAGUAGUAAAACAUCUCGGUGCUGAUGCGAAUGGAAAAGUCCUUCUGUUCAAACGUGGUGAAUCGAUGCCGGUUUGGACUAGCCCGAGUGAUAUGAAGUGGCUUGACAUACAAAAAGAGAUCAACGAUAUCAUAUCUGAUCCGCAGAAGCUCUCUCCACUUCCCGAAAAGGUAGAAUAUGCUAUUUUUUGGCAUGCUGUUCUCUUAUUUGACUUAGUUCCUUUUCAGCCUGUCGCUGUAGAGCCUCAGGCGCAAGCUCCAGUAGCUAAUGUAGAUAUGACUCAGUAUCAAGUACAACUGGUUGAUUUGAAGAGCGCACUUAGCUAUAUGCUCUAUAAGGAAAUCGCUCGUCGUGCAGUUCUCGAUGGUGAAAAUCUGACAGCUUUGAAGCAAUGGACGCGAACUUUGUCUAAGUAUGCACCUGGUACAACUCCAAUGCGACGAUUUCUCUAUCGGUUGAAUGAAUGGUUGUGGUCAGCAGGAGACAGUGUAGCAAUUGAUGACUGGACCAAAAAGCUCGAUGAGAUCCAAGUCGCUCUUGGCAAUCCUAUCCCAAAGAAGGUGGAAUGGAUAGCUUGCAUUGGUUCAAAACCAAACUUGAGAGGCUAUUCAUGUGGGCUUUGGACGAUAGCCCAUGCCAUCAGUGUUGAGGCUUACAAAAUGGAAGCAAACAAUCCGUCUUUCAAUCCUGUGAACGAAGUGCUAGAACCCUUCCAUCAGUUUAUUGCGCAUUUCUUCAGCUGCGCAUAUUGUGCAAAGCAUUUCGAUCAAGAAGUGGAAACGCACAAAAUGCAGCAAGUGUCAACUAGAGAGGAAAUGGUAAUGUGGUUAUGGCGGGUACACAACUUUGUAAAUACGCGUUUAUCUGGUUCACGAAGUGAUGACCCGCGCUUCCCUAAACGACAGUUCCCACCUUCAGUCGUAUGCACUCAAUGUUACGACUCCACGGGCACAUUCGAUGAGAAAGAAAUUCUGAACUUCAUGUUGAGCUACUACAGUGAUAUUCGGCAAGAUUCAGUACAGAGUCCACCUGAAUACAAACUGAACGAGUAUAAGGAUGGAAAGCUCCAGGCUGUUGGAGCUCGUCACCUCAAUCCAAAGUUUGCCGUCAACGCAGAGAAGGUUGAUAAAUUGGAGGAGACGGAAGAAAGGUUACGGAAAGCCUUGGAUGCGAGUCCUCAACGGGAAUGGAAAGACAUAGAAGGAUACGGUAAGUGUUGGCAAUACAAAUUUUUCACAGUUUCGAAAAGUUUAUUUUUCUGUGAGAUUUUAUUUUAUAUCGGAGAUGCUGUGAAAUUUGUUUUGUAUAACUGGGUUUUAGAAAAUCUUGCAUACAAUGGUCGCUCCCAAUUCCUCUUCGUAUGGCUGUCACUAAUAGCAGUUGUAAUCGUGCUCAUCUACUGUAAAUAUCGGCGGAAUCGAUCCAAGUUUUGGAAGACGUUCUACUAUCACAGCGACUUCAAACUGUGA